AUGAUGCCUGGAGUCGGUAUAUUCGGGACGGGCAAAGUGAUCUACGCGCUCGUCCCGAUGCUUCGGAAGCAAGGCUUCGAAGUGAAGGCCAUCUGGGGUCGAACCGCAGAAGAAAGCCAGUCCGCCUCGAAAGCCCUGGGCAUCCCGUUCUGGACAGCCAAAAUGGACGAGAUCGUGCUCCACAAGGAAGUGAACGUGAUCUUCGUUGUGUGUCCGCCGCAGUACCAGUCGCAGAUCCUCAUCAAGGCCCUCGGGAUCGGCAAACACGUCGUGUGCAACCCACCGGGUGGCCUCGUUCAGGCUGACGUGGUGAAAACAGUCCAGGCGUCGCAAUAUUAUCCUACUUUGAUCACGGUGAUGAGUUACGGACUGCGUCUGUUGCCGGUGUUUGGCGUGACAAAGCAGCUGAUUCAAGGCGGGUUUUGUGGCCAGGUGCAACUCUGCGACGUGCGUGUAGACACUGGCCCUGUCCACGCGGACACGUACGACUGGACGUGCGACGGCGCCAUGGGCGGUGGGGUGUUGUCGUGCAUUGGAGCGCACGUCGUGGACGCCGUGCUGUUUCUCACGGGUCAAGAGCCGCAUUUGGUCAAUGGGCUCCUCAAGUACCUGGACAAUGCCGUCAUGAAUGGAUUCCGUCGCGUCAACAGCGACACGUUUUGUUCAUUCCAGAUGGAGCUCACGGGAAAUGUGAGUGUUAAUGCGACGCUCGGGGUUCGGAGCACUAGAAAGACGGACUUUAACCUGGAAUUGUUCGUGUCUGGCACGCGAGGAGCGCUGAAGAUUCGGGACUCGGAAUUGUAUGGGAAAAAGUGGGACUCGGACGAAGAAGAACUUCUGUUUAGCGACGAUGGAUCCGUGCCGGCGAAUGUGGACGAGCCGUGGCCGAUUUUGCGAGGGCUUUUGAAACUCGUUGAGAGCUUGAGGGCGGCGUUUGUCGGUGCCGAGGAAGGCAACAUCAAGUGGAACAAGGACGCCAUUGCGGGCGCUGCUUCGUUUGAAGAUGGCCAGCAUGUGGUGGCGGUGAUGGAGGCCAUCAAGAGGUCCAGUAUGAACAAGCAGUGGACGCCUGUGUAUUUUCUCAAAGAGCCUGACGAACCAGAGUUGUCCAAAGCUGAUGGUCAUCCAGCACCCUUCUACGUAUCCCUUUAG